UUUCUUCUUUUCUUAUUAAUUGUUUCCAUCAACGGUAAAGAUGAUUAAAUCAUCUGUUUUACAUUAAUUACUGAUUCUGUUAACUAAUUACUUUAUCUCUCUUAAAGUUUCUUCUCUCAAUUGAGAAAACUAAAUGUUUAAUUUUACAGUUAAUUAUUUUUAUCUUCUUGGUGGUAACAACAACAAAUCUUCGCCUUCUCUUCAUCAAUUUCAUAUCAUAACAACAUAACUUGUUUUUCUUUUCCUAUUCUUCAUCAUCAUCAUCAUCAUCAUCUUUCAUCUUUUACUCUCCUAUCUUUUUGCCUUCUUUCGCGUAAAAUUUAUUCUACUCUUUUUUUUCUCUUCCUACGAGUUUAUUUAGUACCUUUGGUUUUUUUCUUCGCCGUCUUUUUACUGUUCUUUUUGGAGAAUUGACAACAAAAACAACAAAACAUCAGAAAAAUAGACAGAGAGAAACUUGGAUAGAUUUUUUCUCUUUUUUACUUUGUUCUAUUCAAUUUACUUUCUCCUCUUUCUUUUUUUGACUGUACCUCUCUUUCUACUCUUUUUUUCUCAAGGAAAAUCUCUCUCUCUCUCUCUAUCUCUAUCUCUCUCUUUUCUUUUUCUUUAUUGCUGUUGAUUCAGCAGUGUUGAAAUAUUUGAUACUUUAUUCCUGCAAAUCUAAUCUGUAAUCCUUUAUGGUGAUUUCGUCCUGGUGUUACGUCUGUUAACGAAAAUCUCUGUUGAUUGAGUAGUUGAAUCACUAUAACCAUCUCAUUACUACUUCUAAGCCUUGCAGAAGUUAGGUAAUCAUGAAAAGCAAACAGUUGAAUAAAUCAUCGGUUACAAUGAACUCAAAUAAAAGUGAAGCUGAUAUUAUAAGACGAGAAAAAGACAUGGAAUUAUCUUCGGUUGGUGAUCGUGUAUAUGCAGCAGAAUGUAUUCUAAAAAGACGAUGUAGACAUAAAAAAGUUCAAUAUCUUGUUAAAUGGAAAGGAUAUUCACCUAGACACAAUACCUGGGAACCUGAGGAAAACAUAUUGGAUGAAAGGUUAAUAUUAGCCUUUGAGCAAGCUCAAAAUGAAGGUUACAAUUCUUCCUCGGGCCAUCAUCAUCAUCAGCAACAAACAACAUCAAAUUCAUCGCAUUUACACCAUAAUCAUCAUCACAACCAUACACAUAAAGAUAAGAAAGAGGAUAAAGAAAAGGAUAAAAAGACAGCGACAACAACAACAGCAACCUCAAUAAUAGAAGAACCUAAAGAAAAGGAAUCGAAUAAACAAUCAAUUAGUAACAACAGAGUUACUAGUAACAGCAUGGCGACUUCUACUUUGUCAACGCCAUCAUCAGUCACCAAUUCUGGUAAUUCUGCAAGUGCCCUCCCUCCCACAACCUCAACAUCAGCCACAACAACAACGAUUUCUGUGAACACAACAAGCAGCAAAAAAUUAUCAACCCCGGUAAUUAGUAACGUUGGUACUAAUAAUAAUAUUGGAUCUGGUGAUGUCAAUAAUAGUAAUAAUGUUAAUAAACUCGAGAAAGGACAAGAAAAGAAAAGUGAAGAUAGAGAAAGACAUAAGAGAAAAUUAUCUUCCGUUAGUAAUCAUAAUAGUAGUAAUAGUAGUGGUGUUGUUAAUCAUGUCACAAGUGAAAAAACUGUUCGAAAUUGUUCACCUCCACCCGAUUUUUGGAAGAAACAGAAUAAACUUGUUGACCAGAUUCUGAUUACCGAUGUUACCGCCAACGAUAUGACCAUAACUGUCCGUGAAUGUAAAACUUAUCAAGGAUUUUUCCGUGAAAGAACCAAGAAAAGUAUCGCCGUGGCCACGGAACCUUCAGGUGUACCUUUACCACCGAUCCGAGUCUCUCCUGGUAAUCACCCAACAGUCAUCAGUAAAAAAAUCAACUCUAUCAACAACACCAACAACCAAUAAACACCAACUACCUAAUAAAUCACUAAAUAUAAUCAACUAAUCACCAAGAAAGUUAUAAAUUGAAACAAAACCAGAUGAAAAAAAUAUAUAUACAAACACACAACUAUAAAUAUAUAUUACAAAGACAAAACCAUCGUAACAAAAGACGAAAGAUUAACCAAAAGUGAGAAAACAAUAGUGGGCCAUUUGUUUAUAAUUAAAAACAAAUUAAGACAAAAACACACAUUUAAAGUGAUCAAUGGAUUUGAUUAAAUUUGCAUCUUCUUUUUAUUGGACACUCGAAAACAAAAUCAUAUUUAUACAUAUGAUGAGAGCUUCUGGUUGCGCUCACAAUUAAUUUAUUGGAUCCGUUAAUCCCUUUAAUUGCAUGUAAAUUACUACAAUUAAUUGUCUCUCCUCCUCUGUACCUAAAUCUAUACCAACACAAAGACUUAAGAGACACAACUUUAAUUAAUCAAUUACCACCUUAAUCAAUUUUAUUAUAUAAUUUAAUUUCUCCUUAAUUGUAAACACACAUCCAAACCAACUACUGGAAAAAAAAGAUCACAAGUGAUUUAAAUGUAAAACAAAACAACAAAAAAAUCCUAACAAUUAGAAAUUCACUUAACAAUCAAAUUAACUACCAAAGUUAAUGUAUUAGAUAAAGAAACAAAUAUCAAAUAUCAAAAAAAAGCUCGGUGAUUCCUAAGAAUUAAAAAAAUAAAUUGUUAUUCUUCUUAUGAAAAUCAAA